AUGGAAGUAGAGUCGCAAAAUCAAAUACCCCAGGGUGGUAACGGCCACGCCGUGGAAUCCACCCCCGGGCCUAGCCCGGGCUGCCUCAUCGUAUCUGGGGGAGGCACGCCUCUACAUCGCGGCGGCGCAGAUGUGUCGACCGCGGGUCCUUCAAGGGACCACGUGAUCAUGUCUGGGAGUAAAAAGACCCCAGCACGAGGUAGACGAGGGCGAUGUACUCGCUCUUACACGACGAGUAUGUAUACUGGUGAGAGCGGGAGCGAGGCAUCUGAUGUCUCAGUAAUGUCAGCUGCCUUAAUUAACCCAGAUUUGACGACAAGAGGAAAGCGGAAGUCCAGAACUGCAGAUACUGAGCUGGUUGCCGCGAAAUUCCUAGCUCUACCGGCUUCCGACCUGGAGACGGAAAAAGCAAACACGGAAACAGAGGAAGACUUACUCAGUAAACCCAAAACAAUAAACACUAGACCGAGGAAAAACACGCGAAGAUCAGCUACUGACACAAAUGUUGAAAGACUGGAGAAAGAGAACGCUGAGUUGCGGUCCCAAGUUUCCAGCUUGACUUCGAAAUUGGAGAAACUCACAGAAGAGAUUAAAUUCCUUCGUGAGAGCUCAAGUAUUAUUGGCGAUGCGAGAAAUGUUGUCGAAACGUCACCCCAUAUAUCUAACGUAGCACCCUCAACGGGAGGCACCGAGUUGAUGGAGCGUAUCAAAGAUUUAAUUGAGACAAAACUCAUGGAAUUUGAAGCAAAAUUGUUUCCCGACAGAGCCAUCAGGCCACCAUUAAGUGCAGGCAAGUGCUCCAAUGGUAACAAGGAAUCUAACAUUCCCAAAUCACAAGAGAAAUGGAACCAAACAAAGAAAGGAGGACCGCAAUCGCGGUCGGGAAGAGGAAAAAGGCCUUUGCAUCCACCUGUAGCAGACUUACCGCCGGUAAAGUUUGUUCAGCCGGAUGAGGUGCCACAUGCAGGUGACGAAACGUGGGCUACUGUGACCAAAAAGGCAAAUCAGUCAAAGUCGGCACUGGUUCCACAAAAGCGUAGAACAAAUAACGUAACACGAGUCCCCACCUCCGCUGCUGUAACGGUGACUCUACCAGAGGGUUCAUCGCUCACUUACGCUAAGAUAAUGGAGUUGGCGAAGAGUAAAAUCCGACUGUCCGAUAUCGGCAUUGAGUCUCUUCGACAAAAGCGGGCUUUGACUGGCGGUCUUCUUAUGGAAAUCAACGGCGCCGAUUGCACACAGAAGGCGGACAAAUUGGCGGAAAAAAUGCGCGAGAUCUUUUCUGAUACUAACAUCAGAAUUAAUCGCCCGAACAAAAUGGGAGAUAUUCGAAUAAAAGACCUUGAUGAUUCCAUAAGUCCACGGGAGGUUGCAAAGGCAGUGGCAGAAGCGGGAGGGUGCCUAGUGGACGACAUUAAAGUCGGAGAUAUUCGCCGUACGCCCUUGACCAUGGGGACUUGCUGGCUGCGAUGCCCAAUUAAAGCUGUGCGAGAGCUAGCGACAGCCGGAAGGAUACGUGUGGGUUGGGGAUCUGUGCGAGUAGAAGCUCUAGAACCCAGGCCCUUGCACUGCUUUAGAUGUUUGGAAAAAGGUCAUGUAGGCAGCAAGUGUCAGAAUCAAGCAAACCGAAGUGGACGAUGUUACGCUUGUGGAGAGACAGGUCACAAGGCAAAAGAGUGCACAACAACUAAACUCAAAUGUCCAUUGUGUUCCGAUUUAGGAAGACCCUCAGACCACCGCUAUGGCAAGCGGUGCGGUACAUUAGCAGAUAAACGCCUUACAAAAGGACAAAAACUGUGUGAUGUUGAAGACACAGUACAUGUGGCGGCUCCGACCCAAAGCUCGACAGCAGAUGGUAUAACAACGCCGAGCCCAAGCGCGGGAGUGGAGGCUAUGGAAGCAUAUCCUUCACCCCACUAA